AUGUCAAUCCCUAUGGAGGAAAGACACUUCAUCCAAAUGGCUCAAGCCGCCCUUAAAAUCUCUUUGAGAAAAAGAUUUGAUGAGAUGCUGUUUGGAGAUCUGGCAGAACUGGCAGAUAAAACAUCUAAAUAUGAGGAGCUGCUUACGGAAGAAAAACAGAAGAUGAACUCUUCCAAAGGCACAUACUACAAGACUCUUUCUUCUUCAGUCCAUCUGGUUGAGCUGCAAGGCUCUUACAAAGCCACCAAAAGACUAGAAACCGCCACCAUUCACAGGAGGAUGCUGCUGCAAAAGGCAAUAGAGACACCCCACAGGUUGCCCAAGCCAGAAGACCUCAAGGGCAGACAGGAUGUCAUACAGGAAGGAAUAACAGCAGGAAGGUUAAAACUGGCGGAGAAACCUUCAUUAGUUACAACAGACUCCUUUCCCUAG